CGGCUUCGUCGCACGAUACCACAGUAUCGGCCACAUUGCUCUUAGUUGAAGUUUUUUUUUUUUUUCUCCAUCUUCUCUUUAACCAGAUACUACGAUACAACAUGAAGGCAAGCUUCUUGAUUGCUGCCGGAGUCGUACCGCCUAAGCCGUGAAAUCUACGCUCGCUCAUCCCAACUAGACGCAGCCCGGCCAUUGAAAUUUUCUAGACACACAAACGAGAUUCAGAGAGGGAGCUCACAAUGGAAGCACCAGGAGGACUUCGUAGGAUGCCCCGAGGGGAGCGAUGCCCCGAAUGCGGUAGCCAGAAAUGGUACCUGCAGGACGGGCUGAGAUUUUGUGCCCGAGGUCAUCAAGUCGAAGGUUUUAUACAAUUCGAUCUAGGUGAUAUUGAAGACUCUGGUAAAAUGGGAGCCGUGUCUCGACGUGAAAAAGUCACUAGAGAUCAACGGAAAAGGGCGCCACUCACUGGCCAAGCGGGCAGAGAUCUUUACCUUGAAUCCCUUCAAUUGAUUAUUAGAAGUCAAUUGGCAUGGCUCAUCAAUGAAAAGGGCCACAGAGAAGAGCUCGAGACUGUUGUUCGCGACUUAUGGGACUUGCGCAUUAGAGGAUCUAACUCUGGCUUGGGAGAUGAUAUGCACGAAGAAGAGGAAUUGGAGGUUUUCAGCUCCGAGCCUCCUCAGAACUCCGCCUUGGCAAACUGGCAGCAACAGUCCAGAAAACAAAGCUGGGAUCCUGAGCUGGGUUCGCGGUGGCCAUUGCCGCGUGUUCCCGAUACGCUCGCAAUCUGCUAUCUGGGUUGUGUCCUUUUGAGGAUACCUACUCAUCUUGGUGAAAUUAUUCGAUGGGCUAAUAAUGGCAGUCUUUUGUAUAAAAAAUGCUUUCACUCUCUGCCCCAAGAAAUGCGUGAUCGACUGCCCGCCGCGUAUAUCAAGCUCUUAAAGCUGCCAUUUCGUUCCCCUGUGGAAGGCGAUGAACUGCAUAGGGUUGUGAUGGACUUGGUGCUUUCAUAUCAUUUCAACUACAACUUGGUCUUCCCGGAGAUUAAUCACAUUCCAGAGCUCAUGCAAUUUGCCAAGGAGCUUGCGCUACCCAUUGAAUCAAUUACUGUGGCCCGUAAACUGGCAUCUAUUUUGGGGUAUCAGUUUCAAUUCCCAAUUGAAAGGCUGUCGAAUACCCGGCUAGAUUACCCAGAGAUACGACUGGUAGCCCUGCUCAUUGUCGCUACUAAACUCUCUUUCCCUUUUUCUGAGAACACUUCAAUAUCCCACACCCCCAAUUUCGGUUCUAUCGAGAUGCCUAGACUCGACUGGGCGAGAUGGCGACGGGGGAAAGAGGGUCUGCCCACACAGCACGACACGAAGACUGGCAAGUAUGACUUUAAUAAGGUCACACCCAGCCAAAUAGUCUCUAUGGAUGACGAGGAGCUCGACGCGUACUUCGCUCACGUCUCUAGUCUCAUUGAUGUCACUAGCGAUAACCCGAUUACGAAAUUUUUCCCAGUAGAAGACCUGUCAACAAACAUAAAUCAGGCGGAGGUUAUUUCCACCACAGAGUUGGACGAUGCAGUCAAAAGUCUCCUAGCACAGACUGUCGGAUACAAUUCAUCAGGUUCGGUCGAGACAGCCAAAAGCACGGCAAUGCCUGUCUCAAGAUAUGAAGCAUUCCGUAACGUCAACCAUCUGACUCAGACAGCUUCCGAUCUUUAUAAAGCAGCAGGUGUUGUUGUGGGGGCUUCUCUUGAAACCAUGACAGACGCCAUAUACAGGAUCGAAAAGGCCAUGGUUGUCUGGCAGACAAAGAAUUGUCACGAAGGCGAGCACUAGAUGUACCUAGUAAAUAGGCAUACGCAUCGACUGCGUGAGCAAUUAUCAAUAUUAGCUUAGUUUAUAGCUUAGUUUAUAGGUUAUAUCAGCUGGGUCGCAGCUUGGGGAGUGCUGUAUUUGCAACCUGCUCAUUUCAUC